CCCCAUCGGUUCCCUCACUCCGCUCCGACGGUCCCACGCCUUACCCUUCUGCCCGUCUUCCACACAGGCCGGGUCCUGUCGGCGUUCGCACAUCUGUUUUCGGUUGUGCGCAGGCGCCGCGGGGGUUCUUUGCUGCGUUGGGUGGGCGGCGAAGCCCGGGAGUGCGCGGGCGAGACCAUGGCGGGCAGCAGCACGGGGGGCGGUGGGGUCGGGGAAACGAAGGUGAUUUACCACCUGGAUGAGGAAGAGACACCGUACCUGGUGAAGAUCCCCGUUCCCGCCGAGCGCAUCACCCUCGGCGAUUUCAAGAGCGUUCUGCAGCGGCCCGCAGGCGCUAAGUACUUUUUCAAGUCUAUGGAUCAGGAUUUCGGGGUGGUGAAGGAAGAAAUUUCAGAUGACAGUGCUCGCUUGCCUUGCUUCAAUGGAAGGGUGGUAUCCUGGCUAGUGUCAUCAGAUAAUCCCCAACCCGAAAUGGCUCCCCCAACCCAUGAAUCUCGGACAGAGCUGGUGCCUCCACCCCCACCAUUACCUCCUUUGCCACCUGAGAGGACCAGUGGCAUUGGGGACUCAAGGCCUCCAUCCUUCCACCCUAAUGUGUCCAGCAGCCAUGAAAAUCUGGAACCUGAGACAGAAACGGAGUCAGUAGUGUCACUGAGGCGGGAACGACCUCGAAGGAGAGACAGCAGUGAGCAUGGCGCUGGGGGUCACAGGCCCAGCGGUCCCUCAAGGCUUGAGCGCCACCUGGCUGGGUAUGAGAGCUCCUCUACCCUUAUGACCAGUGAGCUGGAGAGUACCAGCCUGGGCGAUUCAGAUGAGGACGAUACCAUGAGUAGGUUUAGCAGCUCCACGGAACAGAGCAGUGCCUCCCGCCUUCUGAAGCGCCACCGACGGCGGAGGAAGCAGCGGCCACCUCGCAUGGAGAGGACCUCAUCCUUCAGCAGUGUCACAGAUUCCACAAUGUCUCUCAACAUCAUCACAGUCACGCUCAACAUGGAGAAGUACAACUUCCUGGGCAUUUCCAUUGUGGGCCAAAGCAAUGAGCGGGGUGAUGGAGGCAUCUACAUCGGUUCCAUCAUGAAGGGGGGAGCUGUAGCAGCCGAUGGGCGCAUCGAACCUGGGGACAUGCUUUUGCAGGUGAAUGACAUGAACUUUGAAAACAUGAGCAAUGAUGAUGCCGUGCGGGUACUGAGAGACAUUGUGCACAAGCCGGGCCCCAUUGUGUUGACUGUUGCCAAGUGUUGGGAUCCCUCUCCUCAGGCCUACUUCACCCUCCCUCGAAAUGAGCCUAUCCAGCCGAUUGACCCUGCUGCCUGGGUGUCACACUCUGCUGCUCUGACUGGCACCUUCCCAGCCUAUCCAGGCUCAUCAUCCAUGAGCACUAUUACAUCUGGAUCCUCUCUUCCUGAUGGUGAACCCCCAGCCCAACUUUCUGGCUGUGAGGGCCGGGGUCUCUCCAUCCAUAUGGACAUGGCAUCUGUGACCAAAGCAAUGGCAGCUCCAGAAUCUGGGCUGGAAGUUCGGGACCGCAUGUGGCUCAAGAUCACCAUCCCCAAUGCCUUUCUGGGCUCAGAUGUGGUCGACUGGCUCUAUCAUCAUGUGGAGGGCUUUCCUGAGCGUCGAGAAGCCCGCAAGUACGCUAGUGGGCUGCUGAAGGCGGGUCUCAUCCGACACACUGUGAACAAGAUCACCUUCUCUGAGCAAUGCUAUUACGUCUUCGGGGACCUCAGUGGUGGCUGUGAGAGUUACCUUGUCAACCUGUCUCUGAACGACAAUGAUGGCUCCAGUGGGGCUUCAGACCAAGACACCCUGGCUCCGCUGCCUGGGGCCACUCCUUGGCCCCUGUUGCCCACUUUCUCCUACCAAUAUCCAGCUCCUCAUCCCUACAGUCCCCAGCCUCCACCCUACCAUGAGCUUUCAUCUUACACCUAUGGGGGCGGCAGUGCCAGCAGUCAGCACAGUGAGGGGAGCCGGAGCAGUGGGUCAACACGAAGCGAUGGGGGGGCCGGACGGACAGGGAGGCCUGAGGAGCGGGCUCCUGAGUCCAAGUCUGGCAGCGGCAGUGAGUCUGAGCCCUCCAGCCGGGGGUGCAGCCUUCGGCGGAGUGGGGAAGCUGGUGGGACUGGGAGUGGGGGCCCUCCUCCAUCCAGGGGUUCAGCGGGUGGUGCUCCUAAUCUCCGAGCCCAUCCAGGGCUUCAUCCCUAUGGCCCUCCCCCUGGCAUGGCUCUCCCCUAUAAUCCCAUGAUGGUGGUCAUGAUGCCACCACCUCCACCCCCUGUCCCUGCAGCAGUGCAGCCCCCAGGGGCCCCUCCAGUCCGAGACCUGGGUUCUGUGCCCCCAGAACUGACAGCUAGCCGCCAGAGCUUCCACAUGGCCAUGGGCAACCCCAGUGAGUUCUUUGUAGAUGUGAUGUAGAGCCCACUAUGGGGCCGUGUUGGGUCUGUACCAUAGGCCUGACCACUCUUGGUUUGGUGCUUCUGUUCUGUCAAUCAUAUCUUCAUUGUUCCUUACAGUGCCUAGAGGCUGCUGCCUGCCAUAAUGUUGUUAUUGCCACUGUGACUCUCACCAGCAGUGCCUGGUCCUUCCCCUUCCUUCAAGGGCAGGCAAGGAGGGAGGGCCCUUUGGGGUUUUUUAGCUUUAUUUUUUAUAAGCCUUUUUGGGGGUGAAAAUAGACUUUUCUUAUAUUUUGGGGACUAUUUUUUAAAUAGGCAUUUCCUCUUUUAUAUGAAGAAUCCCUGUCUCCUAAGUCCCUUCUUACUCCACAAUGGGAUCUCCUCCAGGCACCCAGGCAGUGCUGUCCUGUGCAGGGUGAGGGAAGGGGGUCAGUGGUACUCCAGGAGGAAGAAGGGUGUUAGGUAACCUAGAUCGUAGUCCAAGGAAGCUGGGGUAUUUGGUAUUUGGGGGGCAUGUAGUUGCCUUUGUUCUAUUUAUUUUAGUUACUUGUAUAAAACACUAAAUAAAGCAAUAGAGGCAAACUC